AUGUGCUUUCAGUGUGCGGAGAAAUACCCUCAGUUAUCCCCAAGUGUUUCAAAGCCAGACGAAAAUUCCAGUAGGGAAGAAAUACCAGUAGACCGGAGGCGUAGGACAUCUGAGUGCUCAUCACAGAGUAAUGAAAGCCGCCAACAAAAAAUACCGGGCCAAUCGGCUCCAUCUAGAAGUCGGUCCGACAGCCUUCCCUCUCAAAGACCCAGGCAGCAGCAGCAAAGACCUCAUCCUCAGCAAAACGGACAGAUGAGACCCGAGCAAUCUCAAGGUCGCCCUCCACAGUCUUCUGAUGAUUCACAACCAAAGCAGAUCCGACCUGAGCAUCCGAAUCAAAGUUCAACGAGAUCGCAGCAGCAACCUAGAUCCCGUUAUUCAUCGGAACAGCCGAGACCUCCUCAUCCAAUGGAACAAAACAGAUUUCACCAUCCUGGGGAUCAUCAGAGAUUUCCACAUCCCAUGGAUCAACAAAGGCCUCAACAUUCUAUAGAUCAACAAAGGUCUCAGCAUCCGACAGAUCAACCUAGACCUCAACAUCCAAAGGAUCAACCUAGACCUCAGCAUCCUAUGGAGCAAUCGAGAUCGCAUCAUCCUAUGGAUAAACAGAGACCUCAGCAUCCUAUGGAUAAACAGAGACCUCAACAUUCUAUUGAUCAGCCUAGACCUCAGCAUCCAAUGGAUCAACCGAGGCCUCAGCAUCCAAUGGAUCAAACGAGACCACAACAUCCUAUGGAUGAACAGAGAUCUCAGCAUCCUUCAGACCAACCGAGACCACAACAUCCUAUGGAUCAACCCAGACCGCAACAUCCUAUGGAUCAACCAAGACCGCAGCAUCCUAUGGAUCAACCUAGACCGCAACAUCCUAUGGACCAACCGAGACCACAGCAUCCAAUGGAUCAACCAAGACCUCAACAUCCGUCGGCUCAGUCAAGGUCGCAGCAUACAGUAGAUCAUGUCAGGCCGCCACAUCCAAUGGAUCAAGUGAAGCCACCUCACACAAAUGAAUCCCACAUGUCUCAACAGAUCAAAGAAUCACAAAGAUUGCAACAAGCGGUUGAUGAACGAAACCUUCACACAGCAGAACAUCAUAGGCAACGAGUUUCAGAGACACAAGAUGGAAAUCCUGAAAUUAUUAGUCAACUGACUGAUCUGAGACCACAAAACCAGAAACAACAAAAGCUUGAACAGUACAUAGAAUCCCAAAAAGGUCAACAUCCUGGAUCGCAACAAAAAUUUAACAAAGAUUCUCAAAAAACUCAACAUUCUUCAGAUAAACAAGAAAUUCAAAAUAAUCGGGAAAGUUUAAGAAAUCAGCAUGCAAAUGAUAUGCACAGAAGUCAAAAUACUAAUGAUUUUACUAAACAGCAACACCCCAAUGAUUAUCCAAGAGAUCAUCCGAUCUUUGAUCAGCAACGGCAGCAACAACAUAUUGCCGAAAGGCAACAAGCAGAAUUUUUGAAAUCUCAAAAGCAAAUUGAUCAACAAAAAUUACAUGGAAAUAACCAAAAGCUUUUAGAUCACAAUGGGCAACAACAUUUAGUGAAUAAAUUAAAUCAGUUUAUGACGAAUGACCUUCAACAAAAGAGAGAAAAUAACAUACAACAUGAUUUUCAGAACUCCUUUCAAUCGCAACCUCUGUUUGAAACUGGAGAGAAGAUUAGAUGUAAAGAAUAUUCGAAUAAUGAACCUCCAAAACCAAGACCUCAGCAUCCCAUUACUCAUCCUCCAUCAAAGUCUCAAAUAGUGGACUUACCACCAGAAAAUUUGCAGGAACAUCCGCAACAAAUUCAGGAAUACUCCCCACAACGAGAUGCAAAUGUUAUAGAUCCAUAUCAAAAAUUUCCACAGCGAAAUCAAAGGUUGCGAGAACCUCCUGAUCAACAAAUUAUGCCUAAACCCCAACACCCGCAACAACCGCCUCAAGAAUUUCUGCAAAUGCAGCAAGGAAAGGCACAAGGACCAAUUUAUGGAAGGGAAAAUACUCAUGACCCGCAUUUUAAUCAAGAAAGAGCUAUGUUAGAGCAUGCCGCAAGGAAUCAACAAAAUCAGCAGGUUCCUCCAGGUAAACAGCAACAAGUACCAACUCAUGGUUACCCCAAACCAUCGAAUGGACAGGUGAAUCUUGAAAACUAUAGAGACACUGAUCAGUGUAAUCAAGAAAACGUCCGACUUCCACAUGCAAGACAAAGUAUGAAUGAAUACAAGAAAAAUCAAAAAGAAAAGAAUGUACAGCCGAACAUGGGAAACCUUGCUGAUUCUUUUCCUCAAGAACAUCCUCAACAGAGACACCAGCAGAUGGAAGCAAACAGACAACUAAUCUUACAGCCAUCAAAUGGCACUAGGCAGCCAUCGUCGAACGAAAAUUUACAUAACCGUUCGCAAAUGGAUAACGAGAAAAACGGAAUCUAUGUAAGUCUUGUGGACCAAAAAAUGUCCCAAGAGCAAACACCGUUUCCAGUAAAAGAUGACUUUGCUUCUCCGACUCCUCCAGCAACUUUGCCUCGCACUAAACCUCUGGAACCGCCUCCUCCCGCCGUCAGGUCAAGCCGACGAGAGAAAAUGGCAGGGAACCAAACUCUUCCUAAAACUGGAACAAAUCCCUUUCGAUCAGACACUAAUCCCUUCCGCAGAGAAAGUCUGCCACAGGAGAUAUUAGAUGCUGGUGAAUAUGUCACAGUGGCUGCUAGACGAGGUAGUCUGGAUGAGCGACUGAGGCAUAUAUCUACUCAGGAACAAGCGAAACCCGCAGAAUCUAUGAAGAUAGACAUGAAGGUACUUAAAAUUUCAGAUGCUACUCGUAAAAAUAUUCGUUUUAUGGACGGCAAAAAUUGUGAAACUCUUGCAUAUACGGAGCAACAAGAUUUAUUUGAGAAGUACGCAAACGGAGCUUUCGACAACAAUGGGGCUGAAGCAAUAACUGCUGCAAACUCGGACAGACAUUUAGAAGAAGAGCAAAGGCGAAAUGCCAUUAACAGUGGCGUCUAUUCUCCAGAAGUCAACAGCCGCCGGCAAUUGCCGAGUCCUCAGAAGAGACAAUCUGAUCCACAUUCCGAUCAAAGGCAAAUGCCACCUGUUCCUAAAACAAGGACGUCCGUGCCAGACACAAACCUUUAUAAUGAGUGCCGAAAUGGAAUUCCUAGAACUGUACCACUGACCUCCGUAGCUCAAUGGCAGAAUGAACAGACUUUGAGUCACGGUAAACAGAAGGAUUCGAAUGAUGAGAUGAAUAUGCUUGAGCAGGAUAAACAUUUCAUUAAUGAUUUAUCCCAACUCAAGCAGAAUAAUAACGCUCUCGGUAUGUCAAAGAAUGAGCAGCAGAAGCAGAGGGAAGAUCUCGUGCAUCCAAAUAUUGUAGAUACGAGUGUCAAAAUGGGUGGUUCUAGGGAGACCCAAAAAAUUAGCGACAAUUCUUCAAGGAGCAUAGCACCCUCAGUACAUGACCGAAACAAAAUAGAUCAAAUGCGAGACAAUGCAAAUGCCGAACCAAAUCGAAGGCAUCCCGGAGGUCAGCAAAUUUGGCCCGAAGAGAACAGAGCUUACAAGCCCAUGCCACCUGAAGACAACAAUCAGGACUUAGAUGGCUACCAAGACGAAGAGGAAGAAGAGGACAUCGACGACUAUUUCCAGAUGAUUGAAAAUGCUGUCGGCGAGCGAAAACCACAAGUCAUUGUUGGAGGAAGGCGAACUGCUGACAUUCAGAGACAAUUAUUAGCAAACGAAGCGAAUAAGAAACAAUCAGUAACUCCUGCUCAGGACUACUCACUGCAAAAAGGUCACGUUUCAUCAACUUUACAUGAGCUGGAUGCUUUCAGUCAAAACCCACUAUAUGAGUCAAGAGGCAUGUCAUCGAGUAAAGCAUAUGGUAAUAUUUAUGAGCAAAGGAACAGUCGUGAAAGCAUAAAAGAUAAGAAUGAUUUAAACAUGUACGAGCAAGACAAAAUAUUAUCGUCUAAAAAGGAUUUUUACGGAGCAAACGACGGCUCGUGUUCUGCAAGAGAUAAAAAAGUUACACAAUACAUAAUCCAGCCAAAUGAGCAAAAGUUUGGUCAGCAAUCAGGUUCAGACGACUACAACAAGCAGAAACGGGAACAUGAGAAACUUUUAAUGCAUGAAUUAACUCCAGACACAAGACAACCUUCAGCCAACCACUACCUUGAAGAACACAAAACUCAACCUGUAUCAUACGAAGCCUUUAGUUCUGCCAAGGCUUUAAAGCAAACACAAGACACUCAGCAAGAUUAUCAUCACGUUUCCUCCCAGCAAAUAGCUCCACAAAAUGCAGAAAGCAGAAGUCAACAGUAUUACUACUCCCAACAAAAUUCGGGUGUUCCCCAUCAAUCUGCAGGUCAAGUAGGUAACGAUUACGAUGCAGAUAUUGAUAAAGGAAAUCAAUCUAUUCCUCCAAAACAGCUACAGAUAGAUCAGAAAAAGGUCAAACCGAAACCAGACCCUCAAGAUUGGUCACCCGUUUCAGAUUUAUCCCCGAUCCUGGACGUAUCGCCGUCUGUUGAAGCUGCUGAACAGGAGCUAAUGGAAAAAUUUCAAGAAAAGAUCGUUAUUCAAGACGAAGACGAGGACUACAUGGAUGACACUGACGAUUCACGUCUGCUCAAGGCCGGAGGAAUUCCCAGAGCUACAAGUGGUACAAUCUCAGGGAUGCUUGAAGAGUUUACAAGAGCACUGGGGCUUCCUGGAACUUCUCCUAUUGAUGAUUCAGGAAUAAAGACAGCAGUUUCACCUACAUCCCUUGCUAUAAGCCCCAUUUCAAAUGUCAGUUCUUGUGUGUCGACAGCUCCAGCUCUACAGAAGGAAUACCAAGAAGGUUUUGGAUCACCUCAGAAAACUACGCCUGGUGGGUCACCGCAAAAGACAGUGCCACAACCCACAACUCCUCGUCGAUCUCACAGACGAUUGCCACAGCCAACUGUAGAACAGAUGCAGGCAGCUGUUGCUAUGGCAGCACAAGGACCCAGAGAGAAAUCUCCUCAACCGCCAUGUACGACCGGGGCGAUGCUGUUCGGAGGGGACGCAAAACCAGCGACGGGGGGACGCCCCGUUUCGCCCAUGAUGCCUUGGAAAAGCCCCGACAUCAGCCAAUCUUUCGAACAAGCCUACAACAAGCAGCAGACCGGUGGACAGACGGAGCCAGAAAAUGGGACAGCAGUGCCGCCUAGUCCUGCUCCCAGGGCAGCUCCCAGAGGAAAUGACGUUUCAAAAGGUUCCGAGUGUUUGCAGCAAGUAACGAACAGUGUCGUCCAAGAAGUUCCUACUCCUCAAGCCCGAAAGCUUCGAUCCGCAUCUUAUGGCGGUAGCCCUUCCAAACUCUCUGACGAACUGGUUGCUCGGUUGAAUGGCGGAGGUUCUUCCAGUCCCCACGCAACUAGUAACGGUUUUACAGAUUUUAUUGCUACGACCGUGGGGUCACCGCAAACUCCUAGCACACCCAGAGAUAAACAAGCGGGAGAUUCUGAUACUCAGAGUGAAGCAGAGAGCAUCAAAUCUGUUAGACUGCGCCGGAAGCUUCCCAACCUUCCACCCGAUCAAUGUCCCUCUCCUAGCCCCACUCGGAAGACAUUGGAAAGAAGCAGAAACGGAAGCACCGAGCUUGAUGAUGCAGCAGAAGCAGAAACAGCUGCCCUAACUCCAGCAGCAGCCAUCACAAUUACAACAACUGUUACCACUGCUCUCGAAGUGUCUCGGCAGUACUCCCCAGCACCUAUUCUUGGAGCACCAUCACCCACGCCUCUAUCGGGAAAUCUUUCCCCGCUGUUGGGAAAAAGGACAGAAUUAUCUAGAACACCCAGCCCUGGUGGAGAAGCUUCGGGUACGAAGCUUCCCCAGUACAUGCAGAGCUUGAAGAAGCAGCUUAGGGAUGAAUUGAAAGCGGUGACUGAAGAACGGAAAAUUAUGCUCGAACAGAGAGGAAAAGAACGAGGUGAAGGUGAAGGAUCUCAUACACCUCAACCUCUUACACCGGUACACCAGCCUCCAGCAGGCUCAAGACGAGACUUGGAAACUUUGUCUAAAAGUGGUUCCCAAUCACCGUACCCUCCGCAAUCGCCUCAUCAGAAACAAACUCAAGCACAAUUAGUUGUUCAAAACAGGUCACCUUCGCAGACGCUUUCCCAAGUGCCAACAACGCCUCAGACGCCAUAUCAAGCCCAAGAGAGGACAAUACAACAAAUUCAAUCAAAACUUCAGAGUCAAACGAACGCGACGUUGCAGCAGCGAACUCCGACGCAACCGCAGCAACAGAACCUUAUGUAUCAAAGUCAGUUACACUUCGGCCAAAACCAGCCAACCUCAUAUCAAAUUCAACAGUUUAACUUACAUGGUGUCAAUCCAGAGCAAUCCAUCUAUCACACUCUGCCGGACACUGGUCGUAGGACACCACAACCAUCUCCAGCGAGAACCCCCCUGCCUGAUGCAGUGCCACCCUAUUCCGGAAGCCACCGUUUUCAGGAUGACGAUAUUACAAUUAUGACAACUGCUACGACGACGGUGGUGUCAGCGUCUGAACAGUGGCAUGACGGUACUAAACGCUAUCGCCAGCCACCGACUACAACAAUUGCGCCAUCUACUGCUAUAAUGGGCGCUAGCAUAGAAUCUUUGAGGCGCCUUCAGCCGAAGAUGUCACCCCAACCUUCGCCAAAGAAGGGAAGACGUAGACAUACGAGCGAAAUUAACAUUCCUCCAUUCCCAGUAAUGGAUCAGUACCAGGAGAUGGCACAUACAAUUUAUCAUGCACCAAUGAGACAGCAGCGACCAACAACUCCUCAGUCCGUACAGUAUUACACUCAGGUACCAGCCCAACAACCAGCGAGUUAUAGAUCGAUGGAGUUUGGCUACGUUGAUAGCCACGCGAGAGCUGCAGAGCUGCUGAGGACGAGUGCUAGCCGAUAUGGUGGCAGUCUGGGCAGCGGUCUCAGUUCCACGGAAGCUCUCUAUCAAGGCAGAAGGGUUCUGAACAAUAGAAUGCAAGAUUACGUCACUGACAAUAGAAUGCAAGAUUACGCCACUGACAACAGAAUGCAAGAGCAGCAACAAAGGCUAGUCGGUCCUGACGUGUACUUCCAGACUUUAAAUAAUGAAAUAAACAAACUCCGCCGCUCUUCUGAAAGUCUUCAUCGAGACACAAUGUAUGACAAAUCAGCUUGGGGAAUGUCUGCAGGACCUGUUCAAGGACAAAUGCCAGAAACUCGAACAAGUCCUCAAACAACUGAACGCAGAAAAAGGAAAGAAAAGAAAUCCAGGAAACCUCGAUCUUGGCAUCCCUCGCCCUACGUGUCCGAAGACGAAGAUGACCAAAUGACGAGAGAAGAAAAGAAGGCGAAGAUCAAAGCUGAGAUUGCUCGGCGGCGGCAGCAGAUCGAAGAGAACAUGAGAUUGCACGACGAGCUUUGCAAACUCGCAGAAAGAAGAGAUCGAAUGGAAUCAAGUCGACCUGGUUCUGUGGUUCCUGGUUACGCACCUUCUCCGACCGGCUCGGUAGCUUAUCGAACAUCCGAGCAGACACUGAUAGCGCCUGUACGUCAGCCGGACAGCGAAGAUACAAGCAGCGUGCUGAAAGCCAUCGACGAAAUUUUGAGAAAGGAUCUUUACAGUGGCCCCUUAUCGAGGUCUGCUUGGGCUACUUACAGUCCGGCAGAAGCAAGAUCUUCAGAUUUUUAUCAAUCCGGCUACAUUACGAUGCCCAGGAACAGGUAUGAAUACGAUGGCAACACAGAAAUCCAAGCAGCAAAUUCCUGGUACGAUGAGCAACCUCAGCAGCAACAGCAGCACGUCGGUUAUUACCAGGAAACGAACGAGGAUCCGGAAAUGGACAUGGACGAGAGCAUUGCCCGGAUAGCGUCAACGUUUCCCACGGACGAACCACCGGACAUUCUUCUGUCCGCAACUCCCGGACAUUUUUCUCCGGAACACGAGAUGACCCCCGCCAUGCCCCUGCUCCCUGACAUGCCUACGAGGUCAAGAAAACUGCUGGAAAACUUAGGGAGUUCACCUAUACAGCCAAGUAGGAGUGGGUCUGCUCAGUCAUUGUAUCAGGAUCAUCAUCAUCCUGAAGAUGAAAAUAAUGAUGACGAUUCCUUGGGUCACCGGAUGCAAGAAUCCUCUUCUUUGCUCAGGGCGCAAAGGAAAGCCGGGAGAGCCCCGGCAUCCAAAGCAAGCCAAAAAUAUGAUUUUCCUGUGAAGAGGAUACUUCUCACCCGGGACCCCAAGGAUCGUUCCGUCAGUGGCAAUGGGUUAGGAAUGAAGGUCGUUGGAGGAAAAGAAGUGCCUGGUUCGAAUGGAAUGAUAGGAGCUUAUGUUGCUAAAAUUUUUCCCGGUGGUGUCGUUGAAACUUUAGGAGAAGUUAAAGAAGGGGAUCAAGUUUUGGAAUGGAAUGGUGUUCCUCUAACGGGUAGAACGUAUGAAGAGGUACAGAGAAUUAUUGCUUCCUCUGCGGAUGAAGUAGAAAUCGUUAUUCGAUGUGACCUUAAUAUGCUGGAGACAAUGAACAGACAGCGAAGGAGCAGCCCCGGGAUGGGCACAAGUGGUGGACCAAGGGGCGGUCUGGAGCCACCUGACACACCAGGCAGUGGUUCAGGUCCCGGGAGGGGCUCGUCUCCUGCCCAUAGCCCCUACUCGCCUGCUGGUUCAUCACGGGGACACAGUCCGGCCCUCUCUAAGAGGGGCAUGGGCGGCAGUGGAAACGGCGGUGGCGGGAAUAUGAUGGGGAACAACGUACACAACGUUCUCAUGGCCAACCUCAACGGAGCUUCUUCCUACGAAAACAUAUCGACCUCCUAUCGGCAGAAUUCAGGUUAUGGACACACACAAGGCUUUGGCCUCAACAAUGCGCCGAUUUCUCGAAGCAUAGUUAGUGUGUUUGCUCCCAACAACUUGCCUACUGACUGGCCCGACAUGUACGAUUCCGGGUUGUAUUCUUCUCCUCAAUCUCCGGAUGAUUUCAUCGAGGAAGACAUCCAGAGUCGGUGGCACCCCGAAAGCAACUUAGAACAGGUUCAGUUUCAGGUAUGUUGCGGUCCAAGAACGGCCAUUGUGUAUGUUCCAAUCAUUCCGAUGAGACCUUUAAUUAAGAGCGCACCACCUGCCAUUCUAGACAGAAGUAGUUUUACAAGAAGAAGUGUCGACCACAUAGAUGAGUACGAACCUCUGCUGAAGAAUGGUUGGAGGACGGAAGAACGGUCUCUGGGAAUCUACGACCUUCUCAGGCCGCGAAAUUCCUUGGGAAAAAUGAGCCUUUACCUAAACAAUCUCAAAGGCAAAGUUGAGGUGUACGAAAUGAAUAAAAAGAAUGGGAUGAGUCGAAUGUCGGAAGAGAUCCAGGAAGAACCACGUGAGAGACCUCGAGCGCCGUCGGAUCUUCCAGGCCUUAGGCCUGUAUUUGUAAAUGACUGGAAGCGACCGAAAAAGGUUCUUAAAGGCAAAGUUGAAGAAAAUGACGAUAAUAAUAACAGUAAAAGCAACAGCAACCAGAACGGAGGAACCGACAAGCAAAGGAAGCCACACGUGGGAUACAGUCCUGAAGCUACCCCAUACAACAUUCUUCCAAAAGGAUGUAGGGGGUCUUUCUGCGUCAUUCUCUAACAGUCUCAUUUUAACCCUCAAUUCCGAAUGAUGUGCUUGGAUCUGCCACUUCCAAAGGUUCCCUGCACUUUCCCGCCGUAAGCGUGCCUAUUUCGUCUGAAAGUGUACAUAUAGGACAGAUGGCUCGAAUUAUUUGUGCUAUUCUCGUGGCCGAGUCUGUAUCUAGGCAACUCUCAGUUCCUGUACAAAAACAUUUCGUAGUGUUGUAAUCAGUUCGUCGUGUCCUCAUAGCGGCUUCAACCCCUUUUAGUCGAUGUCGUCACUGAACGCGUGAAUGAAAGCGAUAUGACAUUUGUGUUUGCUGCUGCCAUCUAUGUACAGGACGUGGAAACGGAAACAGAUUAUGGUUCGAUUAUUCUAUCGUUUUGUGAUAAUUUCGACAAUUUUAUUCUUGAGCAUUGUAAAUGUACAUUCCCCA